AUGCCUGUCAAGAUUGAAGGCGAUUACCAAAAGUGCGCUGAGCGAAAGACGAAGCUCGUACAGGACAGAAAGAGAAUAUUCCAAGCCUUCAUGAAGGAAUCAGAAAGCAUGGACAACAUUCCAGAAGGUCCCAUGAUGAAGGUUUCCGGGGAGGUCAGAACAUUGAGGCGAAUCCACCGAGACAGAGCGGACCAUCAACCUGACACCGUUUGUGCCUCUGGGCCUUGCCAACGUCUCGCUAUGGUUUCCUCUGAUGGGCGGCAGAGCAUGUUCUGUAAGACGCACACCUGUUCCGCUACAGAAUGGAACUGUCUCUUGGAUACCUCGACUACUCAAGACGGCGUCGAGUUUUCGGUCUACUGUACUGCACAUACUUGCGAUACACUUGGCUGUAACCGUCGAAUCGCGGAUCUUUCGACUUUUUACUGUACGAAGCAUCGAAGAUAG